AUAUUGGAACACCUUAUUACGGUAGCGCCCAGGUUUUGGUUAUCUGGAGUGUACGAUUUUUCUCAUUCACGCUACGCGACCUAGACUCCUCUCUUCGAAACGCUCCUGCACGGGAUAUGACUUGAUGGUUUCCAGAUGGGAUUACAGGCCGCGAGAUAGUGCGGAAAAGCGCCACCUUCCCCAGAGCGUUCGGGAUUUAUCCUGGGUGACUUUCUUGAUUAGGAACUUCACCGUGCCUAACCAUUGGAAUAUCCCAAGGCUACUCAAACACGCGGCUUCCUCACGGUCAGCAUCUCAGAGGAUUGUCAACGAGAAGGAAAUCGGCUCAUGGGCUGUAACCUCCAACGGAACUCAGUCGGAGCGUUUGCGAAUCUUCGCAUUCCAGAAUGUACGAGAAUGUCGAAAUUUGGCCAACUGCAACCUAGGAAACCACUCCUCAAACGGGUAUUGGGUCUUUAUAUUGCAUCCCAAGGCUUCAGAUAGCAUCCUGAGAACGGUGAACACCGCCAGUUCUACCCUGUAGCCCAUCUGGUUGCGUCCGCUACGACCGGCGAAUCGAUGCGGCCAACUCACGAAUACCUUUGGAUCUUAGAUCAUAC